CGCUGUAAGGUUAAGAACUCAGUGCCUUGUGGUAUUUUUGUGGUGCUUAAUUCGAUGAAUAAAAUUGUACUCAGCAUAAUUCAAAUUAGUGAAACUAACGAAGUGUAAAUUGUGCCGCAACUAAGAGUGGUUCAAAAUGGAUCAAAAAUUGUAUGAAAGUGAAAAUAAGUCGGGUGGCAACGGCGACGAAUUCCAAAUAGACAUUGCCCUCGCACUGUCGCUGCGUAUGCGGGAAUUAAGUUCCACUACAAGGAUGGCGUAUGGAAUGAAGAUGGCCGACAAGUUUGACGACGUUGUGUUGAUUGACGAUACAAACAAGGAGAUGCACUUAAUUCAAGCAAAACACGGUGAUACCAAGUUUGAAAAGGUUAAAAUUGUCGAUCUGGAUGCCCUGUUUCCGACCGAAACUAGAGCCAAACACUGCGGAGACUUUUCUUUGUUCAAGUAUGCCAAAUCCUACUUUAUUGUGAAUGGAAGAUUGGAAUUAAGGGAGUACAAGAAGAUGUUUUACAUCUUCACCAAUAAAGAUCUUAAACAGACCGAUAACGAGUGGGUGAAGUUCGAAGAACGAGAAGUAAAUGAAAUCCUACGUUUUUCUGGAUUCAGUGCCCGAAACCUAAAACUUAUUCCAACCGAGAAGGCUAUCGACGAGGUGCGCAAUUACAUCAACAAAGAUAUCAUUGCGAUUAAAGAUGCGAUCAAAGAGUUCUUUCAUAGCGGAACGAUCAGCCUAAAGUUCAUUCACUAUUGCACUCCAUUGAAAGAGGUUAUGACAAUAGACCAGAAAAAGUGUCGCUUUGCAAGCGACUUCAAUGCUGAACAUACAAAUCCCAAUGUUGCCAUGCUAUACACUUUGUUGCAAUGCGAUCAGGUUGAUAUGAAGAAAAAAGUAACCGUCAACAAUAAUUUCCUGGCGAAAGACUCAAGGAACAAACUUUUGCCACCAUUCGUUGGUGAGGAUGACAUUCGUGACUUCUUUCGCGAUUUUAUUCUAUCGGUGGGUCAACCGAACGAUUUGCGGCCUAUCAUCGUUGGUGAACUACUGGCUUGGAUGAAGACGUGGAUCCAGCCGGACAUUCUCGGUCAGCUGGGGGAAAAGGACUUGGAGCAGCAAUAUACGGCCGAAGCUCGGCAUACCGCAUCUCGAGAUAAAGCGCGACUCUCGACCCCACAAUUCUGUGUCAAAAGACCCGGUUUGAGGGGAAAGCCGGAAGGAAACAAACCGUUUCGACAGAGCGGCCAUUUUGCCAUUUCAGCCACGUGUAAAACAUCGACGCCCCAACGUCGUCUACAGCGCCAAUUCAUUUCGGCGCGAUUUCAGUACCAGCUUCGAGACUAUCCAUCGACUGGGAAUUUCCGCAGCAUCAUCGCCAAAAGCCGCAUUUCGGGCGAUAGCCACAAUACCGCCGCAAACCAGCCGGUAUCUGCUUUGCUGACCAAUUCAUCAGGCAGCUAUUUCGGUGCCGUGAGUAAACCCAACAAUUAA